AUGCAAGUGAAACGCAGCGCGCAACGUGUGCAGAGUGCGCGUCUACGCAACACGCUAUUGCUAGCGGCAUUUUUGCUGCCGCGCUUCAGCGCGUGUGUUGCUAUAGCCGUAGAUACGGCGGACGGUGGCAGCAGUAAGCUGCAGUUCGAGCAGCCAGCCCAGCCGCUGCAGGAUCACACGCAGACGCAUUUUUUGCCAAAUCGCACGGGAAUUGUGCAACUUUUCGAAUGGAAGUUUGCCGAUAUAGCGACGGAGUGCGCACAGUUUUUGGGUCCGCAGGGUUACGCAGGUGUACAGGUUUCGCCGGUCGCGGAGCAUUUGGUUGUGCGCACGAAGUCCAUGCAGCAACCGUGGUGGGAACGCUAUCAACCGCUCUCAUUUCAAAUUGUGUCGCGCUCUGGCGGCGAGGUCGAGUUUCAGCAAAUGACACAAGCUUGUAAUGCCGCCGGUGUGCGCGUCUAUGUCGAUGUGGUGCUCAAUCAUAUGGCAGGCGCUUACAAUCACGCGACAGCCAGCGGUCAACAGUUGCUUGAGGGUUACGCCGGUUCGACUGCCAAUGCCAGCUCAUAUGAGUUUACUGCGUUGCCAUUCACUAGCCGUCACUUUCAUAAACCAUGUACGUUGACAAAUUAUAUGGAUGCUCAUGUGGUGCGCAAUUGCGAGCUGAAUGGUUGGCCCGAUUUGAAUCAUUAUCGUCUGGAUGUACGCGCUAAUUUGACGGAAUUUCUGAAUCGUUUGGUGGACUUAGGUGUAGCGGGGUUUCGUGUGGAUUCGGCGAAAUAUAUUUGGCCGAUUGACAUUAAGCUACUUUUCCAGGGCGUCAAAAAUCUGAAUAGUGAGGCUUUUGAUUUUCCCGAAACCGCGCGUCCAUUUGUUUACCAAGAUGUCGUAGACUUGGGAGUUGACUCCGUAUCAAAAACGGAGUACUCCAGCUAUGGCAUGGUCACGGACUAUUUGUAUGCCGCCGUUUUGGCUAACAUUAUCAAUGGCAGGGCGCCGCUGAGCACACUAAUAAAUUGGGGCCCUGCAAUGGGGUUCCUGCCACAUCAGCAGGCGCUCGUCUUCGUUGACAGUCAUGAUGGACAGCGAGACCGUAACCUUUUGGGCGCUAAUCAGCUGAUCUCCUACAAACAACCAAGGAAAUACAUCAUAGCAACCGCAUUCAUGUUGGCACAUCCAUAUGGACGGGUUAAACGGAUUAUGAGCUCGUAUUACUUUGCUGCACAGAUCCCUGAGCAAGGACCGCCAUUCGAGGAAGGUAAGGAGCCAGAGGCGGAUGCUAAGGCAGAUGCCAGUGUGACAACAGACGAUGGUGAGGCAGCAGAAGAAAAUGUAGAACCAGCGAAAGGUGACGAACAAGCAGUUGAGGUAGAUGAGAAUGCGGCAGAGGGAGAAAACAAGGCUGCAGAAGUGGAAAGGGAAGCAGCAGAAGUGGAAAGCGAAGCAGCAGAAGUGGAAAACGAUGCGGAAGAAGUAGACACCGUGGUAGCAGAGGGUGUUGAUGAUGCUGCAAAUGUUGUUGCAAUCUCAUCACACAUACGCUCACCGACUUUUGAUGCGGCGAGUGGACGCUGUGAGUAUGCAUCUGGUUGGGUGUGUGAGCAUCGUUGGCCGCCCAUCGUACAAAUGAUACAGUUGGUGAAUACGCUUAGCGAAAUGGAGGAUGGCGUCAUGAAUUUUCAAACGGGCGGUCCGAAUCACAUAGCCUUCUGUCGUGGCAACAAAGCAUUCUUUGCGUUUAAUAGCGAUCUACAGAUGGCUUAUGAUGCCGAUGUUGAGACUUGUCUACCGAGUGGUACGUAUUGUGAUGUGAUUAGUGGUGGACGUGUGGAGAAUGGUGUAUCCAGAGUGGAUUGUGCAGGCAAGCGUGUUACAGUCGGUGCGGAGGGUAGAGCGCAUAUUAUGGUGCCAGCUGUGUUGGGCAUUGAUGAAGAGGGCGCUGCGGUCGGAAGUGAUUAUGAUGAAACGGAUGUGGAUGCGAAUGAUGCCUACGGAAUCGCAGCUGGUGCGGACGGAGAAUUUGGUGUGCUGGCCAUAUAUGAAGGAUCGAGAUUAGAUAACGAACCGCAGACAGACGACGGUCAAGCAUCGCUGGGUGGAGAUGAAGACAAAACUGUAACUGAAGUCGUAGCAGAUGAUGAAGAGGACUCGGUUAAUGCAGAGAGUGUAACGGAAACAGUGGAUGUGACUAAGGAGGUUGUGUCUGCUGAAGAGUUGGAAGAUGCAGUGGUAGAGAAGAAGAACGCUAAGCUUGAGGAAGUCGCAACCAAUGCUAGCGUUGAAAAUGAUAAUGCAGAAGUGGAGAUACCAGCUGUAGAUACCGCUGCAGCCGACGAAGUAGCUGAGGAACAAGAACAAGUUAGCGAAGACGGAGAAGAUAAGCAGCCAGCGGUUGACGAAGAAGAGCCAGCUGUAGGCGUAGACCAAGAGAAGAUGGACGAAGCAGCGACAGAGCCAACUGAAGAAAUAGUAGUCGCCGAUGAUCCUGCAGCAACAGAUGCGAUUAACAGUGAGAAUGCUGUAUCUAGCACAGAGAACACAUCAGAUGAGUUAGUCGUAGAUCCUCAGUUCGAUGAAGGCGCAAGUAAUGAUGAUGAUACAGUGACAGAGGUUGAUACAGCUGCAACAGAAGCGAGUGGAGAUCAAUUUGCUCGUAAUGUAACUGGAAUGCGAGUUGGCUUAGUAAAUAUAGAGAAAGUCGUUAAGGAGCUCGAGAAUAAUGCGGGUGACGAUAAUGGAUCAGGAAUAACGACAGCUGUGAAAGACAUGGCCGAUGGCGUUGCAGAGAAAACUAAGGAGGUCAUUGCCAAGGCCGGCUUCAACAAUAUGGGCGCACGCAGCACACAAAGCAAACAAUUUUGCAGUUUACUGAUACUAAUCAGCAACAUUUUAAUACAUUUGUAGAGCACUUAAAGCGAGCGAUAUGAGAAAAGUGAAUUUUCACUUUAU